AUGUCCUCUGGCACGCUAUUUAUCCGAGAUUCGCGCACCGACACGAACUAUGAGAUCCCCAUCCAGCGAAACUCAAUUCGAGCAACCGAUUUGCAGCGCAUCAAGUCGAAUCCAAUGGGAUCUGAUCGUGCAGACCAAGUUAGUUGCGGGCUACGUGUCCACGACCCGGGCUUGCAAAAUACUGCCGUGACCAACUCGGCCAUCAGCUUUUCCGACCAUGAGCGGGGUCAAUUGUUAUAUCGUGGGUACACUCUUGAGCAACUAUGGGGGGCUGACUUCGAGGAAAUGUUUUAUCUCCUGCUAUGGGCGAAGUAUCCUACACACAUUCAGCGCGAAAAGCUCCGCCAGCGGCUGGCGCAGUACAUGCAAGAAGUUCCCGAAAUAGUGCAUCAGAGCAUUAUGAAUCUUCCGCGAACCACCAGUCCACUGCCACUGAUCCUUGCAGGGCUGUCUGCUUACCUGGCAAUUUUACCCGAUGUCAUCCCGGCGAAUGGCAAGGCGACGAUAUACCGAACCGAUAUAGCACGAGCCGAUCAAGUGAUCCUUCAAACCGUGGCAGCUUACGCCGUGAUAUUUGGGGUUGUUCGCAGCCACCGACUUGGGAAUACUUGGAGGCCCCCCUCUCUCAAUAAAUCCUACUAUGAGAAUUUGUUCACCAUGGCUGGUCUAGUUGAUCAGGCGAGUAAAACCCCAGAUCCUGUCCGGGUGUCCUGUUUCCGUCGUUUUGGAAAUCUCAACGCUGAGCAUGGGAUGGCGUUGAGUGUUUUCACAGCAUUGGUGACAGCAUCCUCUCUGACGGAUCCAGUGUCGUGUCUGAUAGCUGCGGUAGCUGCAGCUCAUGGACCCUUGCAUUUCGGGGCCACUGAGUCUGCCCAGCGCACUCUGGCCGCUAUUGGCGACCCGAAAAAUGUCCCGGCUUUCAUGGACAACGUGAGAGCAGGAAAGGAAAAGUUGUUCGGUUUUGGCCAUCGCACUUACAAAGCAAUGGACCCGCGUGUGGAUCCUAUCCGAAGUAUUCUCAGUGAUCUGAGAGACGUUAAUCAGCCUCUCCUAAAUAUUGCCGAGGCAAUCGAGGAAGUGGCAGAGCACGAUGAAUACUUUCAUAAGCGGGGAUUGUUUCCCAAUGCAGACUUCUACGGCAACUUUGUGUUUACUGGGAUUGGAUUUGAGCCGGAUAUCAUUCCAGCAGCUAUGCUUGUCCAUCGCAUUAUGGGCAUUAUGGCCCAUUGGAGAGAGUAUACUGUCAAUCGAGGCAAACUCUUCCGACCAACCCACCUCUAUACAGGUUGUGCAGAGCCGAUGAUGAAUCCCAUGGCCAAGAUAUAG